GAGGGGGCAGCAGAGCAGCGGCAGCGGCGUCUCCGUUCUUGACGUCCGUCAGCACACCUUACUUUUACCUGACUAUUUUGCUUUAGUGUCAGCAAGUUUGUUAAAAUUUAACAUAUCUGGUUGAACGACACACUCGGUAAUUUGCUGCGCCUUAGGCGUAUGCUCCUUGAAAACAUUGGCCUCUUUGGUUGUAUACAAACGAAGGAUGGAGCAAGACGAAACCCCAUCCAGCCCCGUGGUUGAUGGUAACCAGAGUGAUAAUGAGUCUGUGAAGUCUGCUGCUAGCAACAAGUCAGGACGUUCCUCUAGAUCAAGAAAAUCAAGAUCUAGAUCUGUUUCUUCAGGACAUCGCUCUAGAUCCGGAUCUCCUUCCUCCAGAGUCAGAUCACGCUCUCGAUCAAAAUCAGGGUCACGGUCACGAUCUCCAUCCAGAAAGUCAGGAUCGGCUUCUCCUGUGGGAUCUCAAAAUGGGUCACGGAAUGCUUCAAGAUCACGCUCUCGUUCCCAUUCACGCUCUAGAUCGCGCUCUAGAUCACGCUCUGGUUCAAGAGCUGCUUCAGGCUCUAGGGCAGCAUCAGGUUCAAGGGGUUCUAGGUCACGCUCCAGAUCAAAAUCAGGCUCAAGGGCAGGGUCAGAACCCCGCAACAAGUCCCAUUCAAGGUCUAGAUCUAGGUCACAUUCUCGCUCUCGCUCACGCUCCAGGUCCAAAUCUGGAUCAAGGGCCUCUGGCUCAAAUCAUUCAAGGUCGAGGUCGAGAUCAAGAUCGCAGUCUGGAUCCAGGCACUCAAGAUCUCGUUCAAGAUCAAGUGUUAAGUCCAAAUCUCGAUCCAGAUCAAGGUCUGGGUCUAGAUCUCGCUCUCGCUCUAGAUCCAAGUCUAGAUCUAGAUCUAAAUCCAGAUCUAGAUCUAAGUCAAGAUCUAGAUCUAGGUCAGGAUCUGCAGCUCGUGCAAGUCGAGCGUCCCGGUCUCGGUCACGUUCGAGAUCGAGGUCAAGAUCGAGGUCAAGGUCGAAAUCAAAGUCUCGAUCUAGGAGCCCUUCAGAAGUGGAAGAAAGAAGGUCUGUUGUCGACAGUGAGUCUGAUCCAGAGAAAGCUAAGUCCAAGAAAUUUGGGUCUCAGAAGGGUAGUGAUGCUGAAAGUGAAAGUGGAUCUGAUGGGGGUAGUGGUCCUGACCGUAAAGUCAAAAAAAUAAAGAAAAAGCGCACUCAAGCUUUAGCUUCUGACUCAGAAGAUGAAGGCAAUAAGUCAGAUUCCAGCAGAGGAAGACGUAAGAAAAAAAGGGCCGUCUUGUCGGAUUCGGAAGGAGAGGAUGGAAAAUCGAGGAGAAGUCGCAGUAGAAGUCGAUCUGGUAGUAGAAGUCGCAGUCGGUCUGGUAGCAGGAGCCGGAGUAGGAGUGGCAGUGGAAGCCGAAGACGCAGUCGUGGGAGUCGCAGUAGAAGCCGAAGCGGUAGUAGAAGCCGAAGUGGCAGUAGGAGUCGUAGUGGAAGCCGCAGCCGAAGUGGGAGCAGAAGUAGAAGUCAUAGUAGGAGCCGGAGCCGGAGCCGAAGUCGAAGUGGCAGCCGCAGUGACAAUCGAGCAAAGAAGAGACCCGGUCGAGAUGUUUUAUCAGAUUCAGAGGGUGAAGGAGUGGAGAAAAAGAAACCAAAAGGUUCUGAUGAUGAGGGUGGCGUAGGGGGAAAGGCAAGUGGAGAUGAAGGAGGUAUGGUAGAGGAGAAGCCUGAAGGAGGCGCUGUAGUCGCUGAUGAGGACUCAGAUGAAGGACCGUCAAGGGAUCAUGAUACUGGUAUGUCAGACUUUGAUGUUAUGCUUCAACGAAAAAAAGAAGAGAAGAAAAAACGAAAAAGGAAAGAUAUUGAUAUUAUUAAUGACAAUGAUGACAUAAUUGCUCAACUUCUUGCAGACAUGAAGACUGCAGCUGAUGAUGACCGACGCCUUAAUCAAGAGGCCAAGCCAGCCACCAACAAAAUUGCCAUGCUUUCUAAAGUAAUGUCACAAUUGAGAAAACAUGAUUUACAAUUGGCAUUUAUUGAACACAAUGUGCUAUCUGUUCUUACGGAUUGGCUUGCCCCUAUGCCUGAUCGUAGUUUACCAUCACUGCGUAUUCGCGAGAAUAUUCUGAAACUUUUGAGAGAGUUCCCACGCAUUGACCAAUCUUCAUUGAAGCACUCUGGCAUUGGUAAAGCAGUAAUGUACCUCUACAAACACCCUAAAGAAAUCAAGGAAAACAAAGACAGAGCAGGCCGUCUUAUAAGUGAUUGGGCUCGCCCCAUAUUUAAUGUCUCCACUGAUUUCACGUCUCUGAGUCGAGAGGAACGUCUACAGCGCGAUCUUGAGCAGGUCCCUAAGCGUAGACGUGCAUCAGAGGAUGAUGAUAGAGAGGAGCAACAACCUCGAGAACUUGGCAAAGCUCUUACAGCUGAUGAUGGAAGUGGUGCACUGAGGCCAGGUGAUAAAGGUUGGGUUUCUCGUGCUAGAGUUCCUAUGCCCUCCAACAAGGAAUAUGUUAAUCGGCCUAAAUGGAAAACUGAUGUUGACAUGAGUCGGACCACUAAGAAGCAAAUGACUAAAUUUGAGAAACAUUAUAAAACCUUCAUUGAUGCUAAACGUGCCAAACAAGUUCGUAGAGCUGUUCAGAUUUCUGUUGAAGGACGAAAUAUGGCAUUAUAACAUGUCUCUAGAUUUUAUUUUAAUUCUGUUAAAUCCUCUCAAGCUGUAGAGAAGACACCUAAUUUCAGUAAGCUUAAACAGUUUCGAAUUCAUGUCUCCAAAAGCCUAUUAUGUUGCUAGUAUUCAUAAUAUUUCUGUAAUACAAGAGCAUUUUGUUUUCUACAGUUAUAACUGAUAUCCUUAAUCCGUAUCAUACUUAGUGUAUGGAGGAAUUUCUUUAAGGUAACUUAAAUUUUGCUACCAGAAUUGUAGUGACUAGUCUAGCAAGAUUUUUCAUUAUGACUGAAAGAUGUUAAAUGCCAUUCUUUAUUCCUUUAUUAAAGUAUCUGCUCUUCACCUAGAAAUGUAAAUCAGUUUGUGGAAAACUGGAUUAAUUAAAGAGGUAAAUAUGGACUGAGAACAAAUGGUACUUACCUACACUUAAUAACUGACUGCAAUACUGUGAUACUUUUACAUAUUGGUUAAGAUCAAGUAUGGAGAAUUAAGACAGAAUAUGUGCCAUUAUGGUCGAGAGGUGAAUGUUUUACAAAGAUUUCCUAGUUUCUGUUCACUUCUGUAAUAUUUGACUUUGUGCAAAACUGUUGCAUGUGUUUUCCCUCAUAGUUUUUCUAUCACCAUAUUCAUGGGUACCUCUUCAAUUGCUCCAAUAUUUUGCAAACUUGUAUGUAAGUUUCUCAAGGAGAUGAGAGUAAAUUACUGUAACAAUGGAGGUUGUCUUAGCUAUGUAUGAAGGAGAAGAAAUUAUGCACAAUUAUGUUCAUACCACUUCAGUGUAAGAUGUGCUGUGAAUGAUAUCUUAAAAUGUUGAUACAUACCUAUACAAAACAUGUGGAUUCUGCAGAAACUACCAGUUGGUAUUUCAUGUUAACAGUAUGAUUAAAAUCCAUAACUAAAUCAAUUGACUUGUGUCUUGACUUGAGUUAGAGAUUGAUCAAAACAAUUGAACAUACUAAAUAUGUUGUGGUUUGUUGCAAUACUUGAGUAUAAAAAUAAAAAUUUAAUUAUUGAA